GGGGCGGGCGCGAAGAUGCACACGACCCAGAAGGACACGACGUACACCAAGAUCUUCGUCGGGGGGCUGCCCUACCACACCACCGACGCCAGCCUGCGCAAGUACUUCGAGGUGUUCGGCGAGAUCGAGGAGGCGGUGGUCAUCACCGACCGGCAGACGGGCAAGUCCCGGGGCUACGGAUUUGUCACCAUGGCUGACCGAGCCGCUGCUGAGAGAGCCUGCAAGGAUCCGAACCCCAUCAUUGAUGGCAGGAAGGCCAAUGUGAAUCUGGCAUACUUGGGAGCAAAACCAAGGAUCAUGCAACCAGGUUUUGCCUUCGGUGUUCAACAACUUCAUCCAGCCCUCAUACAAAGACCUUUUGGGAUCCCCGCCCACUACGUGUACCCGCAGGCGUUCGUGCAGCCCGGCGUGGUCAUCCCGCACGUGCAGCCCACGGCCGCCGCCGCCUCCACCACCCCUUACAUCGACUACACGGGCGCCGCCUACGCCCAGUACUCGGCGGCCGCCGCCGCCGCCGCCGCCGCCGCUGCCUACGACCAGUACCCGUACGCGGCCUCGCCGGCCACCGCCGGCUACGUCACGGCGGGGGGCUACGGCUACGCCGUGCAGCAGCCAAUCACCGCCGCCGCCCCUGGGACGGCCGCCGCGGCCGCCGCCGCCGCCGCCGCGGCCGCCGCCUUCGGCCAGUACCAGCCGCAGCAGCUGCAGACCGACCGCAUGCAGUAGAGCGGCCACGUGACCAGAGUCGACUCGUUUCCCCCCCCCUCCCCCAUUGCCCGACGUGUAGUAGGUAAGGCGAGUUAACAUCGACUUAACAGCUUU